AUGUCACACCCACAUUCGCAUAGUAUAUACCUGUCCGAAGCGCCCGUCAGGAAACCUCAGGCCAUGGGCAAUUCCCUUUUGAGGAAGAUUCAAAGGGCCUGCAGAAUGUCUCUGGCUGAACCAGAUUUGGCGUUGAAUCUCGACGUUGCUGAUUAUAUCAACGAAAAACAAGGUGCUGCUCCCAGAGAUGCUGCCAUUGCGCUUGCCAAAUUGAUUAACAAUAGGGAAUCGCACGUGGCAAUAUUCGCGUUAUCUUUGUUAGACGUGCUUGUCAAGAAUUGUGGAUAUCCAUUCCACUUGCAGAUUUCUAGAAAGGAAUUCUUGAAUGAAUUAGUCAAGAGAUUUCCAGGCCAUCCACCAUUGCGUUAUUCCAAGAUUCAGAGAUUAAUUUUGACAGCUCUCGAAGAAUGGUACCAAACGAUUUGUAAGCACUCAAGCUACAAAAAUGAUAUGAGUUAUAUCAGAGAUAUGCACCGCUUAUUAAAAUACAAGGGUUAUGCAUUCCCUAAGAUAAGUGAGUCCGAUUUGGCGGUUUUGAAACCUAGCAACCGAUUGAAGACCGCUAGUGAAAUUCAGAAAGAACAAGAAAUCGCCCAAGCUGCAAAACUGGAGGAAUUGAUUAGACGUGGUAAACCUGAAGAUUUGAGGGAAGCUAACAAAUUGAUGAAAAUCAUGGCAGGCUUCAAAGAAGACAAUGCCAUACAAGCUAAACAAGCCAUCUCUAGUGAAUUAAACAAAUUGAAGCGUAAGGCAGAUCUAUUGAAUGAAAUGCUUGAAUCAAAAGAUUCACAGAAUUGGGAUAACGAGACUACUCAAGAACUUCAUAGUGCACUGAGAGUAGCUCAACCAAAAUUCCAAAAGAUUAUUGAGGAGGAACAGGAGGAUGAUACUUUGGUGCAAGAUCUACUGAAGUUUAACGAUACAGUUAAUCAAUUAUUGGAAAAAUUCAGUCUACUGAAAAAUGGUGACUCCAACGCAGCCUCACAAAUACAUCCAAACCACGUUUCUGCUCCAUUACAGCAGUCUUCUGGCGCUCUAACUAAUGAAAUUAACCUAAUUGAUUUCAAUGACCUGGAUGAAACACCUUCUCAAGUUAACAAUACUAAUGGUGCAGGUACCUCAGCGGGAGCAGAAAGUUCUGCUAAUGACUUAUUAUGCGAUUUAACAGACCUAUCCAUCUCAAAUACUCCAAGUGCUGCCCAAACAUCCUUUGGUCUCGGUGGUGAUAUUGUGUUGGGGUCCUCUCAGCCUGCGCCUCCAAUUACCACUACCAACAGCUCCAAUAAUACUUUAGACCUUUUGGGACUUGCAAGCCCUCAACAACCAACUAAUGGCCAAGCAUUAAAUGGCAAUGGAUUCGACUUUUUAUCCGGAUUAAGCACAACAUCAAGCACGACUAUGACGCCUGCAAGAACCCUAGUUAGCCAGUCCUCUAACUUGAAGAUUGAGUUCACAAUUUCUAGAGAGUCCGACUCGGUUAUAAGGAUAAAAUCUUUUUUCUCAAACUUGAGUUCGUCAUCGAUUUCUAAUUUGGUUUUUCUAUUAGCAGUGCCAAAGUCAAUGGCCUUGAAAUUGCAACCACAAUCAGGUAAUUUCAUGAUUGCCAACGCUGAAGAUGGUAUUACACAAGAGGGAACCAUUGAAAAUGCCUCAGCUAACCCUUCAAAGACUUUAAAAGUCAAGUGGAAGGUUUCCUAUUUUAUCAAUUCCACACAAUUUGACGAAACUGCUGUGUUUACAUUACCUAACGUAUAA